AGCUUCAGCAGCCGACCGGACUUUCUGCUGAGGAAGCAUUGUCUGGGCCAGUCUGCAGAGAACUGCAGAUCACUUGUGUGAAAUGAAGCUCCUUUGGAUUAAGACAGUGAUUUAUAGACCACGCUUGUGGAAAGCAAUUGAAGAACUGCUUAAAGAGGCAAAACGUGGGAAAACGAGAGCAGAAACUAUGGGACCUAUGGGUUGGAUGAAGUGUCCUCUCGCUGGUACAAAUAAGAGAUUUCUGAUUAACACAAUCAAGAACACGCUGCCGUCCCAUAAAGAGCAAGACCCUGAGCAAAAAGAGGGCAGCAAGGAACCCUCCAAAAGCCAGAGCCAGAAAGAAGAGAACCGGAAGCAGCACAGAGGCCACCCCUACAAGCCCAGCUUCCAGGCCCGGAGCGCGGGCGGCCACUCCCCGCACAGGAAGCGCAGCGGCCAGGAGAAGUAUGAGAAGCGCUCCACCAAGCGAUGAGGCGGCCACCGCCCCCAGCGCUAUCUCCUCUGGGACUGGGGGGUACUGGGGGGAUGGGGAGGUGUGGGCGAGGCUUUGAGGACAGGCCUUGAGCAAGCGCCCAGGAGUGACUUUCAUAGUCGGUCCUUGGCUGUGGUGACAAGGAAAUGAGUCCAAAGGGACUUGCUCGGAAGGUGUGGGAGCAAGUUUCAGCUCCAUCAUUCCCUCUUGUUUGGAAGUUGGUUUCAAAAUAAAUCUAAGACUAAAAGUUUUCAGACAUCGUUACGACUAGUUCCGACUUUUUUUUUUUUUUUAUGUGUUACAAUUGUGGUCAUUUCUUAGUUUUCCUCAAAAAAAUAAAACCCUUGGAAAUCCUAUAUGUUAUCUUUUUGGAUGAUGAAGUUAAAAUUCAGAAGUCAUCUGGCCAGUAACCCACAGUCAGGAAAACAGGUUAGCCCUCCAAGGGCUAGAAAUUUACCAUGAAACUCUUUGUUUUGUUUUCCUGUAAGUGAGCAAUGUAGGAAAUUCUCAAACUGGCUUUGAAUUUAGUGUUCCAUAUCAAUAACCAGAGGUUGAAAAAUUGGCCCUGUUGUUUCCUUGUGCAUUCUCAAACUCACUCCUACAGAACGACUUUUCUAUAUUUAAUUUUUGGGGGGACUAUGUAAGUUUUAAGUGGUGCUUUUU